CAGCAGACUAAGUCGUGUUUGUACCAAACGACACAAAGAGGAAGCUGAAGGCCAGCCGACUGAAGACCUUCAUAUUCCUACAAACUCCUCCGAGUGCAAGCCAUACAGUGGACAAGAACGUGUCCAGCUCCAUACUCCUGCAGUGACAACGUCCUCCACAUCUCCAUCGCCUGCUUCCAUCACCGAGCAUGUCUUCUUUGGGGGGACCAGUCAGGAUCAGGACGCAUGCUCGUCUGUGAGCGACAGUGACGUUGGAGGUGUGGAUGUGAGCAGCAGCUUAGAGGACCUUCAGGGCCUCAGCUCUUCUUUGGGAGACUCGGACUACUUCAGGGACUUGGAGGCUGUUCUUGGAGGACCUCUGAAGGCCAGCAGUCCAGACCGGACAUCCCAGACGACAGCACCCCUUUCGGCCAGUCAAUCCUCAUCGCCCUCAUCGGAGGCACCCGGCGGCACCCUGGUUGUCACGCAGCUGCGCCCCACCCUGUUACCAAGCUGUGUGAUCGACAGUGCUGACCCCUUGGGCCCAGGAGUGGGGCUGAGCGUGACUAUUGAUCUGAACGGACUCCUGGGUUCCAUGGAAACCACUCAAACACAUCAGAGCACCGUGCAUUUCAACGGAGACGUCGACAGUUUCCCCAACUUGGCGAGAUCUGUCUCCACGUCUCGAAGACACAGCUGGGGCGUCCCCGUGUCCCCCAUCAACCUGGGAAGGAGACUAAGUCUGGACACCACGGCCAUGGAUAGCGAUGGCGAGGAUAAUGAAGAAGGGGGGCAGAGCGGCCUCUUCCAGUCCACUCAGCAGAAGACAGAAAGCUACGCAGGUUGUCCACUGGAGGAGACAGACGGUCCCCAGCAGAGUGUCUUCAGUCCUACAGUUAAGGCUGCAGGAUUUCCCGGCAAGCAAGUGUACUCCCGCUCGGAGAUCCUCGCCACGGACGAAUGUUCACGUGCAGCACACAUUUCCCACAUCGUACGCACGUCCAAGCAAGCUGCAAGGGCAGCGGGAGCAGAGGAGUUUGACCCUGAGGAACACCUGCACUCCACUGAGGGCCAGAGUCACAUGCUGAUGGUACAAAAGGUUCUGCAGGAGCUAAAGUUGUACCACGGGGCCAAGCAGAGGACCCACAAAACCCAUGAUAAGGAAAAUGUCACAUGGUACGAGUUCCUCUCUAAUGAAAAUGAGGAGGAAGAUGAUCGAACCGAGAAGGUGGAAAAGGGUACCAAGGUGAAGAGGACUCUCAGCUCGUUGAGGAACAGGAUGACUGGAUCCUUCAAUAAAGAUAAGGGUAAGACCCGAGACAAAGAGCAGCAACAAAGGGGCAAAGAGAAGGAGAGGGAGGCCGAAGAGACGCAGGGCAGCCACAGCAGUGGCCAUCUUUUAGCACCGGGCACUUUUUCCAGCCAGGCCACCUGCUCGCUCUGUGGCAAGACUCUGCAGAAAAAGCACAGCCUGCAAUGCAUGAAUUGUGCUGUGAAUGUUCACAAGAGCUGCAAGUCUCUGCUGGGUGAGUGCACCAGCACCAAGAACAAGAGAGAUUCUUUAUCAAGGACUGGCCUGUCUGGCUCCCCUAAUCUUGCACUAAAGGACCGGGACCGAGGACACGAACACUCGAGCGCAUCCUCCUCACAAACCCUGAAUGGGAACCCAACUUUUCCCGGCCCCCCCGGCAUGACCAUCAUUCCUCGGGGACCAAAUAUCCAGCCUAGUGCGUCCCACUGCGCCACCUCUCCCGCAUCCCCGACUUUAAACCCCAGCAGCUCAGGAUCUCUCUCUGGGGAGAUGGAUGAAACUGAUGCUCUUCGUUCCAAGCGCUUCACUGAAGACACCAUUUCCCUCGUUCCCUCCACCGCUGAGUCCAUCAUAGUGGAAGAUGCUCACUAUGCUGCAGUACGGGCUGAUCUGGAGUCCGAUGCGCAGGACCUGGAAGCAGAGUCCUGGAGUUUGGCAGUUGACCAGCAGUAUGCUAGGAAGCACUCGAAAGAGGCCACAAAGAGACAGGAUGUCAUAUACGAGCUGAUGCAGACCGAAAUGCAUCACGUGCGGACGCUGAAGAUCAUGCUGCACGUUUAUGUCAAAGAGUUGAAGGAGACCCUCCAGCUGGAUUCGGGCAGGCUGGAGUGUCUCUUCCCACGUUUGGAAAACCUCCUGGAUCUCCACAUGAACUUCUUGUCCCGUCUCAAGGAACGGCAGCGAGACAACAUUGUUUCUGCCACCGAGGGGAACUACACGGUGGACAGAAUAGCGGACGUACUGAUUGCACAGUUUUCAGGUGAAAUAGGUGAGAAGAUGAAGGCUAGCUACGGUGAUUUCUGUAGUCACCACUCUGAGGCCAUGGGCUACUACAAAGAACAGAUGCAAACAAACAAAAGGUUCCACAGCAUCAUCCGGAAAAUCAACAACCUGUCCAUUGUGCGAAGGCUAGGAGUGUCCGAGUGCAUUCUGUUGGUGACCCAGCGCAUUACCAAGUACCCCGUCCUUGUGGAGCGCAUUCUGCACAACACUGAAGUGGGUUCUGAGGAGCACGCUGACCUGAACCGAGCACUCGCCUUCAUUAAAGACACUAUUGUUCAAGUGGACGCAUUGGUUAACCUGCACGAGAAGACGUGUCGCCUUCGUGACAUCCACAACAAGAUGGAGCCCAAGGCGCUGGGGAAAAUCAAAGAUGGCCGAGUGUUCCGGCGGGAGGACUUGGCACAAGGUCGGAGGCGGCUGCUCCACGAGGGGACCGUCAACUGGAAAGCUGCUUCUGGCAGGCUCAAAGAUAUUCUUGCAGUUCUCCUCUCAGACGUGCUACUGCUGCUACAAGAGAAGGAUCAGCGAUAUGUAUUUGCUGCAGUGGACAACAAGCCGUCGGUCAUCUCUCUUCAGAAGCUGAUCGUGAGAGAGGUGGCCCAUGAGGAAAAAGCCAUGUUUCUGAUCUGUGCCUCCUCCAACGAGCCGGAGAUGUACGAGAUCCACACCACCUCCAAGGAGGAAAGAAACACGUGGAUGGCACACAUCCGGCAAGCCGUAGAGAGCUGUCCUCAUACAGAGGAGAGACUGUUCAGUGAGGAGGAGGAGGAGGCCAGAGCUUCCAGGUUGAAAGAAUUUCAAGAACGGUUGAGCCAGAAGGACGCCGUCAUCGUCCAGGCACUUUCUGAGAAGCUGCGGCUUUUUGCAGACAUGGCAGACUCUGUCACCGGUCUGGAGGACACAGCUUCCCGCUCCAAACUACUGUUAAGGGGUGACGCCUCAGAUCUCCAGCAGGGGGAGACCUUACUCAAAGGUGCCAUCACUGAAGUGGAAAACCUCCAGAAUUUGCUCCAAUCUGGAGUGAGAGAUGAAGUGCUGAAUGAAGGGAGUGGCUCUGGACCCCUUCCCAGAAGAGCAGACACCUUUGGGGGCUACGACAGCAGCCCCGCCAUCCUCACUAAGAAUGGCAGCGUCAAGAAGAACUUUUCUGGUGAGUCCAGAAGCAGAGACCGAAGCCAGCGGGCCAGCUCUGACCCUCAGCUCAAAGAUCUCUGUGGCAGCCAAACUCUGGAGCAGACGGUUCAUGAAAGCCGCUGCACUCCAACCAGAUGGAACCGGUUCUGGUCCAGCUCGUUCCCCGAGGCAGAGUUCUUCGACAAAGUGCUAAUGCUUUCACAACGGCUCUACAGUCUGCAGGCCAUCAUCUCCCAGCAAGACAGCCACAUCGAGCUGCAGCGCGUCUCGCUGACGGAGCGAGCCUCGCUACCCGGGCGCCACCGCGGCAACGUGCUCCUGGAGCAGGAGAAGCAGCGCACGCUGGCACUGCAGAGAGAGGAGCUCGCCAGCUUCCACAAACUGCAGUCUCAGCAUCGGCAAGAGCAGCAGCGCUGGGAGAAGGAGUGCGAGAGGCACCGCCAACAAGUGGAAGCCACAGAGGCCAGGCUGCGGCAAAGGGAGGAGGAGUGCAGGCGACUGGAGGAGCGUCUGGCAGAGGAGAGGGUGGAGCUGGAGAGGCAAAGGGAAACGUACCAGCAGGACCUGGAGAGGCUGAGAGAGUCCACUCGAGCUGUGGAGAAGGAGAAGGAACGCCUGGAACACCAGAAGAAGAUCAAGAGGAAAACCAUCGAGGUGGGUCCUCUGUCCGGCAGUCUCAAUGGGGAGCUCCUCCUGUCCUCUGGCCUCAGCAACGCCUCCAGCCUUUCUGAAACACCCCUGCCCCAGAAGCCCCUUGUGCGCGGCAGCCUCUCCGUGGCACCGGCCGACUACCCGGAGUGGCCCGAGGUGGCGUUGCGUCGGGACGCAGGCUCCUCCACCCUGCCACUGAAGACGGAGGUGCCGCUCCAUCUGUUCAGCACCACCAACCAGCAGCACAAACUGGUGGGGGUGCAGCAGCAGAUCCCCACCAAGCUGGCCGCCCUCAGCAGCGGCAAAGGGUCCAGAGUCAAGAGCGGCAAAGCCUCGCACCGUACUGACAGCACUGCGUCGGUGGACAUGAAGCAGAUUCUACCUCUGAAGCUGUCAGCCCGUGACGACAACGCCCUCAAAGCCAAGCGCUCGGUCAGCCCCCACCAGCAACCCCCGCUGUCUGCGCCUCCAAUGCCUCCCUCUCUCCAUCAUCACUUAGAUCCGCCCGACACGUCCGGACCGGAUUCCCAGUCUACUGUCACCACCACCAACCACCCUGCAACUCUCCAGAAGCCUCCUGUACCUCCUGCUCAGCCCCCGCUGCAGUCGUCCGUACAGCUUCACUCCACCCCGGCCCACUCCCAGACCACCGGCUCGCUCCACUUCCAGCCCCAGGCGCAGCCACAGGGCCUCAGCCCCAACCCCCACGUGCAGGUGCACAUGCAAGGCCCGCCGCCGCCACCCUACAUCAGCACAGAAGACCUCAACAAAGAAGAUGUCAUCUUCUUCUAGAUUCACAGCCUUGAGUCAAACAAAAUUUGUCUUCUUUGAAGCAAAGUUAUCCAAAGAUGGCUGAAAGAGUCCAAUGAUGUGAAGACCAGACUUCCAGGUGCUGAAGCGUGGAAGGACCACACCUCAACAGGAAGUCCCAAGUGAAGGAACACUGUCUUCUUGAUGUCUGAAUGCUCCAUUCCUGACUCUUGAAUGAGCCUUUGUGGUUCUUUUUCUUACACACCAAACUCUAUCUUACGUCAUUAGAUCUUUUAUCUUCUUAAUUCCGCUUUAGGGCCUUUUUUUUAAUCAAGGUUCUGUUUCUCCGCUCAGACAAGCCCAGAAAUGGGCUUAGUGGAAAGUGGAAAGCAUCACACCUUGGAAUUCCUUUUCUUAAGUCUUCUUUCCCUCAUCCAUCCAUUCCGCUUCAUUCAGUGAAGGUAGGGGGCAGUGCCCCCCUGGACUCAAUCACACUUCCCCUUUCAUUUUAAACUUUUUAACAUGACCCCCCCCCACUUUUUUUUAACCAAGUGUGAAACAUGAAUGUAUAAAUCACAGAUAUACAGUAAACCUCGGAUAUAUCGGAUUCAAUUGUUCCCACUGGUUUUGUCCGAUAUAAGCGAAAUCCGUUAUAUGCGUAUACCGGAAAAUGUCCGGAUAAAUGGGAUUUUAUCCGUUAUAAAAAGGCACUUCCUUGACUAUGUUUCCAAUGUACCUGGACGCGCAGGCAACGCUGCAAACGCUGCCGUAUAGCGGCCUGUCACGAUUCGGCGAAUCGGAGCGCCACGAUGCGGCCAUCCGAUAUAUGCGAGGGAAAUUUAAUGGGAAUGCAUUGGAACGGGACUGGAGAUUUUGUCCGAAAUAGGCGAAAUCCGUUAUAAAAAAUCUGAUAUAUGCAAUGAAUUUUUAUUGGAAAUGCAUUACAGAAAAAUCGGUUCUUUUUUAUCUGUCCGUUGUGAGCGAAUUUCCGAUAUAUCCGAGUCCGAUAUAUCCGAGGUUUACUGUAGUGCCUUGGAAAAGUAUUCAAAAAAAAUUUUCCAAGUACUCUGACCAGUUUUUGUGGAGUUAUAUGCACAAAUGCUGAAAGUGGUUCUAUGUUGCAGUGCUAAAGAAUCUUUUGAAAAAGUUCCUGAAUAAUAAUAAUAAUAAGGUAAAGUAAAUGGCUGCAUGAGUAUUCACCCAUUUCAGGUCACCGAAACAUUUUUCACUUUGAUAUUAAGUUUUAUUUUGUCUGUUUUUGUCAAAAAUAACAAGUGAAUACUUUUGCAAGGUACUGUCAGAGUUGGAAUCCUGCUCGUCACUGCAGUGACGGCCAUUGGCGCUUUUGGCCCACAGGCGAAGGAAAAAUACUUUCCUAUGAUUCCGUCUAGCCGAGGCGCGCAGGACAAAAAGCCCGAAGGUCAUUGGUGCGCACACGUUGGACCUGCUUCAACUCUUCUCUUAGUCACGUUUGGAGGGGGGGGGGGGUGUCACGCAACCACCUGCCUGUCACUCACUCGUCAGAGUGAGGUCACGCAGCGAAGCACUGUAUCUUCUAUGGCAUACAUGGUGGAAUAUUAUCACAGGAGCGAUGUUAGCGAUUGCUUGGGGCCACAUCCUAAGCAGGUACUGCAGGAAGCUGUUGACGAAACAUGGGAAUGCAGCCCCCCCCCCCCAAGAAGCGUGAGUGACUUGAUGUAUACAGUUUUAUGUACAUAAUGCAAUGUAUGCAAUGUCAUUUGUUGCAGAUUUUUACACGAGGUACAUGUCUAUAUGUGCAUACAUUGACGUAUUAUCCAAAUAGACUGUUUUUUUUUUUAAAUUAAUUGUUAAUGUAGCAUGGAGGUCAAGUGCACUGCCAGCCAUUUUCCACCCUCUUCCACACUCGCUGAGGUGAUGUAGCAAAAGCUUUCUCCAUUCAGUCCGUUUCACCAAAGAGACAAAGCGUUUUUGGUACGCUUAGCCAUGUUCUGCUUCAGUUGCUCAUACAAUGAUCAUCGGAAUCCAUACAAAUGAUAAAAGCGUUGUUGAUGCCGCCACCUAACAAAACAUUUCUCAUUUUCAAAAAGGUUGCCUGUUCAUUGUUGGCAAAAUGAGCACUGAAUUUAGCCCAAUAUUAUUAAUUCCUUAGCCAAAUGUUGAGUUCAAGGUCAACUUUGUAUUUGGUGAAUGCAUAUCUUUAAGCUGCAAUUGUAAUUCAUUUGUAUGGGACCGUCACGAGGGGGGGCGUCCAAAUUUUUUGCAGGAAAAGACGCAGGGGGGCCUUUGAUACAUUGUAUUUUAUUUACAGUAAAGCUCUUCAAAGUAAUCCAAUGUAGGUCAAUUUAUGCGAAGUAACCUGAACACAACAGCCCCAUCUUAGCAAAGCUACUAAGCAUCAUAUCUAAUAAUACACAAUGAGACCUCACUGUCCAUCAAUAAUUUGGACAAUUAAUUAGGACAGAUAAAAAACAAACCAUACAUAAACCGAGGCAAUUUUUCACAUGGGGCAGAAAUGUAAAUCCAACUAAUCCGCACCAGACACCAAAAAAUAUCAAACAUGCAUCAAUUUUAUAAAGAAUAAUUAUUGUUUUUCAUGCAGAAAACGAUGUGAAAUAAUUAGUGCUGUCAAAUAUGUUGAUGUCAGCAACAUUUUGGAUGCUUUGUUUGGCCAUUCCAUUCUACAGAAGGUUAGCAUACAGGACACGCACAUAUUUAUGCAUGAAUUAUUUUUACACACUGCAAACGAUGCGAAACUCUGAGUGUUGACCAUCUCAUUAAUAAAGAAUAUAUAUUAUUUUACACUUGCUAUGGCCAAUAUCAAAAUUAGAGGGCACCCAGACCACACUUUGAACACCGCUGAGCUCGUAACAUCGUAACAGUUUGAACAUCGCUGCCUCACUCUAUCAUGGUUUUUCAAUAAUGACUUUUAAAAUGAUCGCUCUUUUGUGGUUGACUACAACCCAUUAUUGUUCAAACUAAAUCUGCAUAUUUAAACAAAUUAUAGCAAUUUUUGCCCAAAUUAAAAACAUUGUCAAGCAUAAAUGAACAAAAAUACAUGCCACUUUUCAACUUGUGAUUGUCCUAUUCUACAUUGAUCACCAGACUUGAUUGCCGGAAUAAUAAUAAUAUUAUCAUAAUAACGUGGCUUGCUGUUGCGGUCAUAACCCACGAAAGGCUAAAAGUUAACUCUGAACCCCUCAAUACUUUCUGUCCUGCUUUCUUAAAUGGCUUAUUAUCUACAUAAAUGGAUGAUUAUGUCGGUAGUAGGAAGCAUAAUGGUGACUAUAGGGGUGUUAUACCAUGUCUGGAGGGCUCUAAUCAUGUCAAACGUAUUUAGAACAUGGUAAACUCGUAUUUACUGCGUAAAUAUGAAAUUUAUGAAUAAAGAAUCCUACUUUGUGGAAUUUCACUCAUCACAGUGGAGUCUAGAAGCAGUGAACCGCCAUAAAGGAGGGAUUGUUGCAAGAUUGGACAUGCAUGUAUUGAGACAGAGGGUGAAUCAUUUCGGGCGUGAAGCUCUGUGUCAAAAAGUAAAUGAUCAUGGAAAAAAAAAUACUUUAGAAAUCUUUUCAAAGAAGUUGUUGCAGUAUUUGCUUUGCUUGCUCCGUCUUGUUAAAAGGUACCCAUUCAACAAAUGGCGAGUAAAACGGAUUUUCCAGAGGGGAGGAAAAGAUUCUCUGAUCUGCAAAUGUGCAGGUUUGAGAAUGUUGAAUGUGGAAUGUUGAAUGUGGAAUAUGCGGGCAUCCACGGGAGUGCAUUUUAGCUUCAUCCUGAGAUUCUACCCAAUUAUCCCAAACUGUAUUAGUGGUGUAUAUGCACACAUUAAUAUUUGUGAUAAAACCACUCAACAUAUGGCAACAUUUCCCAAUCUGAUCCACACUUUGAGCUAUAAGGGUCCCUGGCAUGAUCCAUCAACUUGGCUUCAAUAUGUAAUAUAUUGUUUCUAAUGAUGCGCUACACAGUUCGUUUUAUAAAGCGAGCGGUGAAUUUGCAAAAAUGACUUUUAUAGUUGACGGUGCCAGCCAUGUUGAACUAGCUCUCACUGUUCGGUCUCAUUUCCAGGAGCGACGCCAUCGGGGUGACUCCUCUCAGCUAAAGCAGAGUCAACAAACGUCUCUCGAGGUAGAUGGUCAACUUGGUUCAGUAUAUGAAGAGCUUGCAACCAAAAGGCGCUAAAUCCAAUUUUCACUAAGUUGCAUUUUUUUCAUGAGUUUAAUAGACCUCUGUCAUGUGUAUCCAAAUCACAUAUUUUGGUCUUGAAAUCAUUUUAAAAAAUAUGAAAAAAAGUGAUAUGAAAUUUAUGCUUUCAACCAAAAGGCGCUAUUUCCAUUUCAGAUUUCAACCAAAAGGAGCUAAAUCCCUUUCUUUAUUCUUUAUUCUGAUUGGCCCAAGUUUCCCAUCUAUUGAUAAUCUGACCAAUCAGAGAGAAGAAUACAAUUGGCACUGCACAUACAGAAAGCCAAUAUCAGUGCGCAUCCUGUUUUGUUUGUGUACAUUAAGUACACGUAUGAUAGUUACAGUAUGUUAUGCAAUUCAGGAGAACACAAAUUGUGUUUUUACAGUAUUCUGUAACAUGGAAGUUUUUUUUACACCCUAAAAGGCAUGUCUCUACCUUGACACCUCCAACUUUCAUGAGAAACAUUAUUUUACUUGUACUAAAAAACAUACAAUGUAAAGAGUUUGGAAUGAGAUGAUUUUUGUCACUGUCACCUUCAUGGUGCAGUCAAAUAUGAGCACUGCAUUUAAUAACAUUUUUAUUCAUUUAAUUCAUACAUUAUUUUGUAUUGUAUGUUGAGAAUGGCUUCUGUGUUGUAAUUAUUUUAUUAGCAUAGCACAUUAAAGCACCUUACAUUCUUUUACAACAAUGCCGUUGAAGAAGUUAAAGGUGACGUCAAAUUUAUUUCAGCCAAAAGGCGCUAAAUCUGAAAAAAAAAAAUAUUAAAAAAAAAUAUAUAAAAUACAUGGUGUAUGCAGGAUUUUUAUAGCAUGCAUUUUUAUGACCUAUAUUGAUAGCUCUUUCAUUUGCAAUAUAGACUUGAUGACCAAAUAGAUUGAUAUGUGCGUAGUUAAAAAUCAUUGAUUUUCUCGAAAUCAGUCAAAAUGGAUUUAGCGCCUUUUGGUUGCAAGCUCUUCAUAUUUUUCAUCCAAAUAGUGACACAUAGCCAGUCAGUCACUCUUGUUUACAUAAUAUCUUCUAAACACUAUUCCAUGAUGGUGACAAGGCUGUAAAGCAUUGUAUAUGUAAUGUAAAGACAGUAAACCUCAGAUAUAUCGGAUUCAAUUGGUCCCACUGGUUUUGUCCGAUAUAAGCGAAAUCCGUUAUAUGCAUAUACCGGAAAAUGUCCGUUUUACGCAUAUAUCGGAUUUAUAUCCGGUAUAUGCGUAAAUCGGAUUUUAUCCGUUAUAAAAAAGCACUUCCUUGACUAUGUUUCCAAUGUACCUGGACGCGCAGGCAACGCUGCAAAUGACGUCGUAUAGCCUGUCACGAUUUGGCGAAUCGGAGCGCCACGAUCCGGCCAUCCGAUAUAUGUAUGUGAGGGAAAUUUCAUGGAAAUGCAUUGGAACGGGACUGGAGAUUUUGUUCGAAAUGUGCGAAAUCCGUUAUAAAAAAUCCGAUAUAUGCAAUGAAUUUUUAUUGGAAAUGCAUUACAGAAAAAUUGGUUCUUUUUUAUCUGUCCGUUGUGAGCGAAUUUCCGAUAUAUCCGAGUCCGAUAUAUCCGAGGUUUACUGUAUAUGGAUGUCUACUGUGGGGCGACGGCAAAGAAAUCUGAAAUAAACCUGGCUAAAUACCCCUUUUAUGCUCAUUGAAACGUCAUUUAAAUUUAGCGCUUGCUUUCAAAAAUGUAAUAAUCUAGAAAUAUUUAAGCAAAGUUGAUGAAUCCUGUCAGGGAGCCUUUAACACAGAUCUUCUGUUGGACCUUCCUACUGUAUUUGUCAGUCGCAUCACUGUACACCUUUGACCUUCCAAAACACAACACUUGUGAUGGAGCUUUUAAUGUGUAAAUAAUUCUACUUCCUCUGCCAACUGUACACUAGUCACUUUGGAUAGUAGCAUACUUGAAGGGGAAAAUGAAUGUUUAUUUUUAUGCUUGUUGUUAUUGUUUGUCAAUUGACCUUCUAGCACACAACAAGUUUUGUAUAAUGAGAUUUUUUUUGUAUUCACAGCAAAAUGUUAGAAUAACCCAUGGACACAAACUGCUGCCUUAGACAAGUUUUAGUAUUAAAGAAAACAAGUCCAGGAAUGAUUAUGUUGUUUUUGUGUUGUUGUUUUGUGCGCCAAAAGACCGACAGCAGCAAAGCUAUUUAGUUGUGCAGUGACGGUGUGUAAUUGUAUAACGUGUAAUUGUGCGUCAUUAUUUACAUGUCAUGUCCACCGCUCAUGAAAGGAAUCCUGACCACCCACUGCCAGCAUGUCUGACCAGGACCACUCACUUAUUGGACCACCUAAUAACACAAAGCUCUAUUUCAGGUGCCGCGGUCGCUGUGGUUCUGUUUGGUACUCUAAGUGUGUGUAUGUGUGUGUAUGUGUGAGACUCCUAACUGGGAAGACGCUGCAACAGUGGCCAUUUUUUAUUGUCUGCUGUCAUUAGUGGCUUUCCUCUUGUCUCCUCUCAACUAUUAUU